GUUCUUCCGUUACCUCCAGACCUGAUAAUCCAAAGUCAAGCCGGUUCAACCUCUUACUCCUUACUCAUCUGGACACCAUGUCUUCCAAGCGCAUUCUGCUCGUUACCGGUGCCAAUACGGGCAUCGGAUACGAAACCGUCAAGGCCUUGCUUCAAUCCGAACGGCCGUACCACAUCAUUCUUGGAUCCAGGUCUGCAGACAAGGGCGAAGCUGCCAUCGCCCAACUCAAAACGGAAUUCUCAUCCUCUAUCAGCUCCCUGGAGCUCAUUCAAGUCGACGUCGCCAAUGACGAUUCUAUUCUCAAGGCGUUCCAGACCGUCAAGGACAAACACGGGGUCCUCGAUGUUUUAGUAAACAACGCCGGCGCUUCUCAUGACUUUACCCCUCAAACCUACGACCCAGAUGAUAUCAAAACUCUCCGUCAAAACUUCAACAAAUCAUACGAUGUCAACACUUCCGGCACCCAUGUGAUCACUCACGUAUUCGCCCCACUUCUCCUCAAGUCUACCGAUCCCCGUGUUUUGUUCGUCACCAGCGGGCUUUCAGACCUCCAUGGCUUGGAGACGCUUGGUUUGUCCCCGCUUCAGCCUCAUAGCGUUACGCCGGCCGGUUGGCCAAAACCAUACACCAUGCAGGCAGGGUACCGCUCGAGCAAAGCCGCGCUCAACAUGGUCAUGCUGAACUGGCACUGGUUGCUCAAGGCCGACGGCGUGAAGGUGUGGUGCAUUUCCCCGGGUUUCUUGGCCACCGGCCUGGGAGGAAAUCCUGAGUUACUCAAGAAGAUGGGCGCGGGGGAACCAAGCGAAGGAGGAAACUUGAUCAAAAAGGUAGUGGAGGGCGAACGAGAUGCUGAUGUCGGUAAAGUUGUCAACAAAGGCGGAAUCCAGUCUUGGUGAGGUUUGAAGGGCGUCACCAGAGACCAGCCAAUAAACCGAUAGCAAGGGGAAGCAUUUCUUGGUUCAGAAGAAAGCUGUAAAUCAACAGUGCAGUGUGCAAGUGGAAUGUUGUAUAUGGCGGGGAGAGGUAAUAGCUAAGACAGGCAAACUUAUGGUUGUGUAUUCUUUAGCCAGAAUUGGACGUUGCUGCCUAAACGUGACCCUCUUACGGCGUCCUCCC